CAUACGCAAUAUCCGAUUACGUCAGCAGCACAGUGGGUACGACUCGGCUUGGGCAUGCGCUAUUAGCCAAUUUUGAAUGUGCCGCGAAACGGGAUGAAGCCAUUUCGGGCAUCAAGACGAACCUCCUCACUGCCUCCAUGUCGUACAAAUGGGGGCAGAAAAGGUCGCCAGGCGUUCUGUCAGGAAGAAGGCCCCAAUGCAGGAGGCGUGGGACAUGAAGCCAGCACAAAAUCCAGGAGCAAAGAAGGUUAUACCAGGAAGGUCAAAGGUCAGGAUACAUGGAACCCAAUGGCUCAGAAUUCCAUUACUGCUCUGGACAACAUGUUAAGCUUGUCCAUCAUGUCUGUCCUGACCAUGAAACAGAAGGACAAAGAGCAAUCUCAGAAACAUCUGAAUAACCUGAAGGACAGGUUCAUUUCAAUCUGCACACAACUAAAGGUCCCCUCCCAAAAACAUGAUGCCAUUCUACAAGGUUCUCACCUUCACCAGGUUGAAGCCAAGAGGGCAACACUGGGCAAGCAGCGUCUGGAGGUUAUUGAGGAGCAGGUGAGCACAGUCAUUAGGGCUCUGAAACAGCUGGAAGGUAAGAUUGAGGUACUGGAAGAGGAGAACAGGAGACUGAAGAACAAGCUGGAGGAGCAGGAGAACAGUUGUCAAGAGUUCCUGCAGUUGACUGAACAGGGUAUCCUCCACCUGCCCACUUUACCUCUCAGAAAUGGACAAGAAUGCCCCCUGCAGGAGCAGAUUGUCGGGAUGGUGACAGGGCCUGAUGUGGCUGGCUACCUGGUACAGACCCUGAAGAGCUCUUUGGAACUGGAGGGCAUGCGUGCAUUUCUGGAGAAAUCUCACCGGCAAGCUGAUGGCCUCCUGUGGAACACAGGCCUGCCCAACCUCGUUAAGUGAUGAUGAGGAUGUUGGAUUCAGCAGUGUUUAUAUACAUGCAGAAUUUUUUUUUUAAAGAAUAAAUGAGACAUUAUUUCUGCUGUUGUAAAAUUCCUUCCAGAAACAGGUCUAGGUUUCUGAUUUCUGACUCCAAAUCUCAAGCUAAUCUUUUAAUAAAUAUUUAAAUAUACAUACACAUACAGUAGGUGUCAGUGCAUUCUUCGUCUGAGUAUGGCUGACGAUUUUACUGUAUUCUUCCUUAUGAUGUUUCUACAAGUCCAUAAUUAGAUUUGUUGUAUUAAUGGAUGUUCUUGCUACCUCCUAUUGAAAGGGCGACAUUGCUAACGUUGCAGGUAGCUGUGUGACUACUAUGAUUUAUUUUCCACUUCAAAGAAUUUAAACACAGCUGACAUCUCAGUAGUUUGUAGUUUCAAGCCAUGUGCCUCAGGCUUACUGGAGUGUCUGGGCUAUAGGUAGCUGAUACCAGUCAAUCAAAAAAUGCCUAGGUUAGCCCUGGUUCUAAUCUUUGAUAUCUGUUCAGGACGUCACUGGUAAUGAACUACCACACAGUAGAGAGACAACACUUAGUAAUGAAAAAGAAGGGACAAUAUUGUAAAUAUUGACUGCAUAAUUUUGAUGUAUUUGUAAAUAAAAGCCAUUGAAACUUU